AUGCUGUACAAAUUGGUCUCACCCCGCCUACGGGCUCCCUCUGUCCUAUUGACUACUGCACAGUGUCGCCUUCAAAGCACCAAAUCCAACCCCACUCACUCUCUCCCCACGACCUCCGACCCCGAUCUUCCCCACCUUACACAAUCCCAAACGGUGCAUAUGACCCAGAUCACCGAGAAGCCAGAAACCAAACGUGUAGCCACAGCUGCCUGUCAGGUAUUCUUCUCGAAUUCCAGACCAUGGGAGCUUCUUCGACAGGGCAAGGGGACGCACAAGGGCGAUGUUUUCAGUGUAGCUCGCAUUGCGGGGAUUAUGGCUGCUAAGCGAACACCAGAUCUUGUCCCAUUGUGUCACCCUGGUAUUGGGAUUACAGGUGUGGAAGUGGACGUAGAGCUAGAGGAGCCCAACCCUCAUACACAAGAUCAUGGAGCUAUGCAGAUCAAAGCGACUGUCAGCUGUUUUGGGCGGACUGGAGUGGAAAUGGAGGCUAUGACGGCUACUACUGGGGCUGCAUUGACGGUGUAUGAUAUGCUCAAGGCCGUGGACAAGGGCAUGGUUAUUGGUAGGGUGCGGUUGUUGGAGAAGCAGGGGGGAAAGAGCGGGCACUGGGUAAGAAGUUCCGAGUGA